AUGAUGGAUGCCGAAAUAUGUAGGAACUUCAUUUAUCUAAUGACGAAAUUUCCCGAUAAAUUGAUUAAUGGACAGUAUAAAAUUGAAGAUGAUCAACAUUUCAAACAGUAUUGUAAUAAUGACAGUUGUGAUACUGAUCUCGAAAAAGUUAAUGCUGGAUGUUUAUAUUUGCUUGAUGCAUUUUAUAAGAAUUCUGAUUUGUUUCAAUCUGUUGCAAAUAGUAACAUCAAUAUUGUUGAAUACAUUAUAAUAUGGUUAAGUUAUAUGUUAACCCUAAAGGAAAAUACUAGUAGCUCCAUGAGCCAUCUACAGCAUUUUUAUACAACAUAUAUAAAUGGUGGUGAUAAGUAUAAAAAUUCCAUAACAGGUGUUACGGAGUAUACAAAUUAUAAGGAUCUUAUAGAUAAAACAAAUAUGAUGAAAAUGGAUAUUAAAGAUAUAUCUAAAUUUUAUGAUGCAUUUAAAACAUUAUGUGAAAUGUAUACUGCAUUUGAUGAAAGCACGUCAAAUUGCACAAAAUGUUCGGAAAAAGCUAAUCAAUUUGUUGAAAAAUAUAAAGAACUAAAUGGAGAUUCUAGUAAUACUGAAGGCACUUCCUACAAUAAAAUAUUAUCUACAUUAUCAACUGAUUAUAAUAAUUUAAAAAAUAAAUGUAGCAAUAUUGCAUCUUUUCCAGAGAUAAACACAUCAACAAAUACUGCAAAAAUUACUAAACAAACUUCUGAACAAACUGUGCAAAAUUCCGCACAAACAUCUGAAGUUGCAUUAUUAAGUUCGUCGAUAGGAAACAAAUUAAUUCCAGUUUUAUCGAUAUUUGGUGCAAUAGCAUUUUUUUUAGGAAUUGGAUAUAAGUAUUCAUUAUUUAAGUCUCGAAAACGAUCUCGAAAACAACAUUUAAGAGAAAAGCUAAAAAAUAAAGAAGAAAAUGAAUAA